UAUUCGUCGAAAUAGAAAUAGAAAACAGAUUGGUUUUCACUUUUCACUCACAAGAAAAAGAAAGCGAAAGCAUAUCGGAGAGGAGAGGUUUUCAGUCGAUGGCGCCGGAAGCCGAUCACGAUAUCAAGGACGAUGAUGAGAAGAAUCCUCGGCCUCUCGACGAGGAUGAUAUUGCUCUGCUUAAAACAUAUGGUUUGGGUCCCUAUUCUACUAGUAUCAAAAAAGUAGAGAAGGAAAUUAAGGAAAUGGCUAAGAAGGUCAAUGAUUUGUGUGGUAUUAAGGAGUCUGACACUGGCUUAGCUGCACCGAGCCAGUGGGAUCUGGUAUCCGAUAAGCAGAUGAUGCAGGAGGAGCAGCCUCUCCAGGUAGCAAGAUGUACAAAGAUCAUCAAUCCAAACACUGAAGAUGCCAAAUAUGUAAUAAAUGUUAAGCAAAUUGCAAAGUUUGUUGUUGGGUUGGGUGACAAAGUUUCCCCAACUGACAUAGAAGAAGGCAUGCGUGUGGGGGUUGAUCGCAACAAAUAUCAGAUCCAAAUUCCCUUGCCUCCAAAAAUUGAUCCGAGUGUGACUAUGAUGACAGUUGAGGAAAAGCCUGACGUGACAUAUAAUGAUGUUGGUGGUUGCAAGGAACAAAUUGAAAAGAUGCGAGAGGUUGUUGAGCUGCCAAUGCUUCAUCCGGAGAAAUUUGUCAAGCUUGGAAUUGAUCCUCCUAAAGGUGUCCUCUGCUAUGGUCCUCCAGGAACGGGUAAAACACUUCUAGCUAGAGCAGUGGCAAAUAGAACUGAUGCUUGUUUUAUUCGUGUUAUUGGGAGUGAGCUUGUUCAGAAAUAUGUUGGUGAGGGAGCUCGGAUGGUUCGAGAACUUUUCCAGAUGGCACGUUCAAAGAAAGCCUGCAUUGUAUUUUUUGAUGAAGUAGAUGCCAUUGGAGGGGCUCGUUUUGAUGAUGGCGUAGGUGGGGAUAAUGAAGUCCAAAGAACAAUGCUGGAAAUUGUCAAUCAACUUGAUGGUUUUGAUGCACGUGGAAACAUCAAAGUUCUAAUGGCUACAAAUAGGCCCGAUACGCUAGAUCCAGCACUUUUACGGCCUGGACGAUUGGAUCGUAAGGUUGAGUUUGGCCUUCCUGAUAUGGAGAGUCGGACACAAAUAUUUAAGAUCCACACACGAACCAUGAACUGUGAAAGAGAUAUCCGAUUUGAACUUUUGGCUCGGCUUUGCCCAAAUUCCACCGGUGCCGAUAUAAGGAGCGUGUGCACAGAAGCUGGCAUGUUUGCCAUCCGAGCACGGAGGAAGACUGUGACAGAGAAAGACUUCCUUGAUGCAGUGAACAAGGUCAUCAAGGGAUACCAGAAGUUCAGUGCAACACCCAAGUACAUGGUCUACAACUGAGUAAACUGUUUUGCUUCAUUCCCUAAGAAAAACCUUGAAUGCAGUUAUGGGCUGUCAAAUUGGGCAUGAUAUGAGCUAUAUGGUUUAUUAGGAGACUGUAUUGUUAACUUCAUAUCUGUCAUUUGAACUUGAACUUGCAUCUACUCGGAUUAUAUCACUUAUCAUUUGUUACAGAGCAAUUGUAUUUCUGUGGGCCAUAUAAAGUUGUGAAAGUGUAUCAAACUCUGUUUUUCUAUAACAUUAUUCCGUGACUAUUUUCAUCA